AAUCAUAUGAUUGUUUUGUCAACUCGGUUAUUGAUCGGUAAGAAAGAUGAGGAGCGUAGUGCUUGUUGCUUUGGCCGCUGCGAUAGGGAAUAUGUUGCAGGGCUGGGACAAUGCCACCAUUGCAGCAUCGUCAUGUUUUGGUCUCCCAAUGUCUACGUCCUCCUUUUCGCUAGGCUUCUUGAUGGUUUUGGAAUCGGUUUAGCUGUGACACUCGUCCCCAUUUACAUCUCGGAGACCGCACCUUCCGAGAUCAGAGGAUUACUCAACACUUUCCCUCAGUUUUGUGGAUCCGGCGGGAUGUUUCUGUCGUAUUGUCUUGUGUUUGGGAUGUCACUUCAAGAAUCUCCGAGCUGGAGGCUGAUGCUUGGAGUUUUGUCAAUCCCUUCCAUGUUCUCCUUUGCACUUGCGGCUUUCUUCUUGCCUGAAUCUCCGAGGUGGCUUGUAAGCAAAGGACGGAUGGAUGAAGCUAGGCAGGUUCUGCAGAGACUCCGUGAAAGAGAAGAUGUUUCAGGAGAGCUUGCUCUGCUUGUGGAAGGGCUCGGGGUGGGAAAAGACACGUCGAUAGAAGAAUAUGUGAUUGGACCGGACAACGAGGAAUGCGAGGGCGGACAUGAACUGCCGAGGAAAGAUCAGAUAAAGCUAUACGGCCCAGAGGAUGGACAGUCUUGGAUGGCUAAGCCAGUGAAAGGACACAGCUCUCUGGCACUGGCCUCCCGACAAGGAAGCAUGAUGUUACAGCGUGGCGCAUCCCUGGUCGACCCAGUUGUCACUCUCUUUGGUAGCAUUCAUGAGAAAAUCCCUGCAGAGAACAUGAACUCAUCAUCUCGGAGCAUGAUCUUCCCCAACAUGGGAAGUAUACUGGGAAUGGUGGGAAGGCAGGAGUCGGCUCAGUGGGAUCCAGAGAGGAACAACGAAGACAGCUCUGACCAAGAUGAAAGCUUGAACAGUCCUCUGCUUUCUCCGCAGACCACUGAGCCGGAUGAAAGCAACCAGAGGACCGUUGGUACCAUGCACAGGAGACAGAGCAGCCUUUUCAUGGCGAACGUGGGUGAGACGGCGACAGCUACAAGCAUAGGCGGUGGAUGGCAGUUGGCGUGGAAGUAUAACGACAAGGUUGGUGCGGAUGGUAAGAGGGUCAAUGGAGGAUUGCAGAGAAUGUAUAUUCACGAGGAGAAUGCCAACAACAACAACAACGCCCACAACACUGGCUUCUCGCGACGUGGAUCGCUUCUCUCCUUCCACACAGAAGCUGAUUGUCCUGAUCAGCAUAACGGAUACAUUCAGGCUGCUGCACUUGUGAGCCAAGCUUCGAUGAUUCCUGGAAUCAAAGGCGAGACUGCAAUGCUGCCAAAGGAGAUCAAGGCUGGUCCUGGCUGGAGGGAGCUCAAGGAACCUGGUGUGCAGAGAGCGUUGAUAGUUGGAGUUGGGCUUCAGAUACUGCAACAGUUUGCAGGAAUCAAUGGAGUCAUGUAUUACACACCUCAAAUAUUGGAAGAAACAGGUGUGUCGAGUCUUUUGAAAAACCUUGGAAUAAGUGCAGAGUCUGCUUCGCUCCUCAUAAGCGCUUUAACCACACUCGUGAUGCUUCCUUGCAUUCUUGUUUCCAUGAGGUCUCUGAUGCUUUCCACAAUCCCCAUUCUAAUACUGUCGCUAGUAACGCUGGUGAUAGGGAGCUUGGUGAAGCUUGGAGGCACAGCAAACGCAUUGAUAUCGACAAUAAGUGUUAUGGUGUACCUAUGCUGUUUCGUCAUGGGUUUUGGAGCAAUCCCGAACAUCCUCUGCUCAGAGAUUUUCCCUACAUCUGUGCGCGGUCUCUGCAUCACCAUCUGUGCCCUCACCUUCUGGAUCUGUGACAUCAUCGUCACUUACACUCUUCCCGUCAUGCUCAAAUCUCUAGGCCUCGCGGGAGUAUUUGGCAUUUAUGCAUGUGUCUGCGCUGUUGCUUGGGUCUUCGUGUACCUCAAGGUACCAGAGACAAAGGGAAUGCCCCUUGAAGUUAUCUCCGAGUUCUUCUCUGUCGGUGCAAAACAUCAAGACGCUGCAGCUUCGUUUCUCUCUGAUGGCUGA